AUGGUUUCUUCAACGGAGAAUGCUGCCAGCCAGCCAGCACCAUUCAUCUACAUUAACGGCUACCCUGGUGUGGGGAAGCUUACUAUUGCUAAGGAGCUCCGGUCCGCGUUUCCCUUCCUACGUACAUCAACCACACAUGUUCAUGCAAAUGAUGCUAAUUACCAGACGCAGGGCUCCUUUCCCCCAGGCACAGCUCGUGAGCAACCACUCGACAUCGACAUUACGGCUGAAUUUUUCCCGCGAGGCCACCCUCAACACCAAUCAUUACGCCGUGCAUCAUCUUCCGGUGAGAUUGGAUCCUCGACAGCCCAGGAGUAUCAGACGGCAGCGGCAUCUCGAGGAAGCCGCUUCAUUUCCAUCGUUCUCACCUGCGGAGCCGAGGAAAACUUCAAGAGGGCGCAAGGCAAAGGCCGAGGGGGCGCUUUAAACACCAAACUGACCGACCUGUCCAUUCUCCGCAAGAUCAGGGCAGAAGAAGAUAUCUACCAUUUCGGCAGCCCGGAAGAGGCAGAGUUGGAUGUAACGGGCCUCACACCCUCCGAAGCGGCGCGACAAAUCUACCAGCACGUCUGGCUGAACGUUUACCGCUCGGAAGCUUUUACCGCCGUUCACACAUGGUUCAGAACCAACGGCUUCAUCGACGUCAGCACGCCAUUGAUUACGCCCUCGUUGCUUUACGAAGCAAAGCCUGCAAUUCACAUUGCCAAUCUUCGGUCAUCUCGACCAUUAUACCUCUCACAAUGCGCCGGAUUUUACCUCGAAUCGGCUGCUCACGCCCACGAGCGAGUCUACAACUUGGGCCCGAGUUUUCGCAACGAGAGCCGAACCAAUCGACACCUCGUCGAAUAUUGGCACAUCAAGGCCGAGCUCUGUUCCGGGCGAAUGAGUGACAUACAUCAUGGACCUGGUCGAAAUCUUCCUUGUCGAUGUCUUCGACGCGCUCGCUGA